UCAACUGCCAAACUUACCAGCACAUCCUGUCAGAGGUCACACUUGUCAAUGAGACCCAAGGAAGAAACAUGGCGGACUUCUUCAUCCUGGCCUUCCUCAGAAGAAACGCAACAGAUGCGGGCUGUGUGUCGACUGCUAACAACAGCGCUGAGUGGCUGCAGAAGAACUUUGGCUCGUUCUCUCAGUUCGUGUCUCUCAGAGAUCUGCUCUCCAUCAACGGACUCUUUAAUCCCUUGGAGACCCUGGACAAUCUCACUCCAAAGCAGGUGGCUGGACUGAUGGCUGAUAAUCUGCCUGGUCUUCCAGAGAAGGAAGUCAUCAUCAAUAGAGUGUUUGAUCAUCUGCUUGUGUCUCCUGUGGAACGAGGACUUCCUGAUGUUCUCCAAAACCUGCUCUUAAUCUCACAGAUGACCAUUAUUCCGUGCAGCUCCUACAUACUGAUAUUUCAGAGGCUGUUUCAGGCUUUACCUUCCCUGCCGACAGAGAUGGAGACUCUGGUCUUCCACAUAACUGGAGAACUCAAGCAGAAUGGAGCAAGAGACUGCUCACUUCCUGAACCUCCAACAUGUUUGAUCACACCUGUGAAUGCUACCAGAGUUUGUUCAGGAGUCAACAGUAACGAGACUCUCCUGUCCGCUGGACUCGUGAGCGCCCCCUGUAGUGUGGACCUGCAGCAGUACGCUUGCUCUUCGAUCACAAGCUUCACUCCUGAAAGCCUGGCUGGGCUCCUGAAGUGUCAACUAUCCAGCAGAAGAAGUUACUCCAAGGAGAUCUGGAAACUCCUUUUCACCAAAGCAAAUGAUGUUCUGGACGGAGCCCUCGUCAUCUUCUCCAGCACAGCGGCAAAUAUGUCUCAGCCAAUCAGAGGUGAUGUCGUGUCCCAAGUGCUGGAUGUGAUUGGAGAGCUGAGACUGGAGCGCAUCAGUCCUGACCAAUGGAGUGACCAGCAAAACCUCAACUGCCAAACUUACCAGCACAUCCUGUCAGAGGUCACACUUGUCAAUGAGACCCAAGGAAGAAACAUGGCGGACUUCUUCAUCCUGGCCUUCCUCAGAAGAAACGCAACAGAUGCGGGCUGUGUGUCGACUGCUAACAACAGCGCUGAGUGGCUGCAGAAGAACUUUGGCUCGUUCUCUCAGUUCGUGUCUCUCAGAGAUCUGCUCUCCAUCAACGGACUCUUUAAUCCCUUGGAGACCCUGGACAAUCUCACUCCAAAGCAGGUGGCUGGACUGAUGGCUGAUAAUCUGCCUGGUCUUCCAGAGAAGGAAGUCAUCAUCAAUAGAGUGUUUGAUCAUCUGCUUGUGUCUCCUGUGGAACGAGGACUUCCUGAUGUUCUCCAAAACCUGCUCUUAAUCUCACAGAUGACCAUUAUUCCGUGCAGCUCCUACAUACUGAUAUUUCAGAGGCUGUUUCAGGCUUUACCUUCCCUGCCGACAGAGAUGGAGACUCUGGUCUUCCACAUAACUGGAGAACUCAAGCAGAAUGGAGCAAGAGACUGCUCACUUCCUGAACCUCCAACAUGUUUGAUCACACCUGUGAAUGCUACCAGAGUUUGUUCAGGAGUCAACAGUAACGAGACUCUCCUGUCCGCUGGACUCGUGAGCGCCCCUGUAGUGUGGACCUGCAGCAGCACGCUUGCUCUUCGAUCACAAGCUUCACUCCUGAAAGCCUGGCUGGGCUCCUGA